CCUCUUCGCGUUAGUUCCGGUCGCAGAGGAGCCACCGCCGCAGUUACCGCCACCUCCGGGAUUUCUGGCUCUUUUCUCUCCGCCUUAAAAUCGGGUGUCUUUUAUGAAUAAUCAAAAGCAGCAAAAGCCAACGCUAUCAGGCCAGCGUUUUAAAACUAGAAAAAGAGAUGAAAAAGAGAGGUUUGACCCUACUCAGUUUCAGGACUGUAUUAUUCAAGGUUUAACUGAAACUGGCACUGAUUUGGAAGCAGUAGCAAAAUUUCUUGAUGCUUCUGGGGCAAAACUUGAUUAUCGCCGAUAUGCAGAAACACUCUUUGACAUUCUGGUGGCUGGUGGCAUGCUGGCCCCAGGUGGUACACUGGCAGAUGACAUGAUGCGUACAGAUGUCUGUGUAUUUGCAGCACAAGAAGACCUAGAGACCAUGCAAGCCUUUGCUCAGGUAUUCAACAAGUUAAUCAGGCGAUACAAAUACCUUGAAAAGGGAUUUGAGGAUGAAGUUAAAAAGCUGCUGCUAUUCUUAAAGGGUUUUUCAGAGUCUGAGAGGAACAAACUAGCCAUGUUGACUGGGGUUCUUCUGGCCAAUGGGACACUUAAUGCAUCCAUUCUUAACAGCCUUUAUAAUGAGAAUUUGGUUAAAGAAGGCGUUUCAGCGGCCUUUGCUGUAAAGCUGUUUAAAUCAUGGAUAAAUGAAAAAGAUAUCAAUGCAGUAGCUGCUAGUCUUCGAAAAGUCAGCAUGGACAACAGACUGAUGGAACUUUUCCCGGCCAACAAGCAAAGUGUUGAGCACUUCACAAAAUAUUUUACCGAAGCAGGUCUAAAAGAACUUUCUGAGUAUGUUCGGAACCAGCAAACCAUAGGAGCUCGUAAAGAGCUACAGAAAGAACUUCAAGAACAAAUGUCACGUGGUGAUCCAUUUAAGGAUAUAAUUUUGUAUGUCAAGGAGGAGAUGAAGAAAAACAAUAUCCCAGAACAGAUCGUUAUAGGCAUAGUCUGGUCAAGUGUAAUGAGCACUGUGGAAUGGAACAAAAAGGAGGAGCUGGUAGCAGAGCAAGCCAUCAAGCAUUUGAAGCAAUAUAGCCCUCUACUUGCUGCCUUUACUACUCAAGGUCAGUCUGAGCUGACUCUGUUACUGAAGAUUCAGGAGUACUGUUAUGACAACAUUCACUUCAUGAAAGCCUUCCAGAAAAUCGUGGUGCUUUUUUAUAAAGCUGAAGUCCUGAGUGAAGAGCCCAUUUUGAAGUGGUAUAAAGAUGCACAUGUUGCAAAGGGGAAAAGUGUCUUUCUUGAGCAAAUGAAAAAAUUUGUAGAGUGGCUCAAGAAUGCAGAAGAAGAAUCUGAGUCUGAAGCGGAAGAAGGCGACUGAAUUGUGAAACUACAAGCUCAGUAAAGCAAACAGGAGUUGUAGAUAAAAUGUCAUGUCUCAUGUGUCCUUCUGGUUCUUACAUCUUCCUACCUCCCUAUAUCAAGCAUGAUAUAAGGGCUUUCAUGGCAAAUUUAUUUUAACUGUUUUCUAUGGUUACUGAAAAAUGUUGGGUUUAGUUUUUAAAACCAUGUUUUAAGUAGCUACAGGAGCUAUAGAUUUGAAUCUAAUGUUGCAUUAGUCUUUUCAGUUAUCUUCUACCUCCUGUAUUUUCUACUGUAAUAAUGUAAUUUAAGGCCUUCCACAAUGAACAGUUCAUUUUAUCCCUGGGUUUUCUAUAAACAGUUUACAAGACAUGAUUUGGUUAAAAACAAUUUGUUAUGGAAAUUCUGUUUGCAAAUUAAACUGUACAAGUAUCCAAAGUCAAAAGGCAAAUGACUUGUGUGAUAAUUUGAUAUGAAAUGAGAAGGCAGCAUUAAAUGGUUUUCAGAGCUCCAUUCAUCAGAUGAUAGUCCAUAUAAGACCUAUUUCUGAAUAUUGAUUCUGAAGUAGUAAUUGGCCAGCUUUUUGUUGAUAUUUCUAAAGAGUAUUUCUUUUUUAACUUUUUGGGGGGCAUCAUUCAAAAUUUUAAGCAAAGGUUUUCCAAGUAGCCUACAGCUAAAAUGUCAAUUGUUUUUGCUUCCUGACUUCUCACUUAUAAGUAAAGGAAUUGUUGGGAAGCAUUUCAGAAAAACGAAGGCAGCACAAGUGACCAGAGAGGUGGAAAAGAAAAAAAAAAAAGAUCUCUCCAUUGCAUACUUCUCUUCAUUCAGUGUUUUAGCCAAAAAAAGUAGAUGGGCAUCUAUUAUGCCACCAUCUCCAGGUGUGCUUGCUGACUUAUAAUCUUUGUCAUUCACAGAAUCUUGCACUCUGGAGAACCCUAAGUUUAGAGGAUAAAAAUCUUUAGAGGGAGUGCAUGUAAGGCAGUGAUGAAUACCCUAAAACCAGUAAAAUAGUUUAAAAUGUUAAAUGACCAAUGUGUUACAGAUGAGUCCUUUUGGGACUCCAAGCAUGAUCACCACAUCUGUCCUGUUGGCUUAGAGUCAUCCUGUAUGUUGUAUUGUAAUGCAAUGAUGUGAUACCUCUUGGCCAUACUGGACUGUCUUCGUUCUUAAGCAUAUACAGGGAUGACUGAAGCAUCUGCCUAAUAUCUGCCCCAGUUGCCAUUUUCUUCUUGCCACAAGCCAAAAAGUUUCCUUUCUAGCUCUCAAUCUUUUUAUUCUGAUGGCUUACUUUUUUACUUUAUCUUUGCUGAUAAUUUGUCUACAUACAUAGCAUAGCCAUUAGAAGAUGAGUAGGUGAUUAUUGCCUCAUUUUUGGCUGCUAAAUUUUGUGGUAGGGAGACUAUUAAGUGAACAUGUUGGAAUAAGGUGUUCUGAACUCUUCACCAAAGCUGGAAACAGUGUCACCAGGACGUCAGUGAACUAUGCCCUAUUUUAGCAUGUGCCAUUGAGCCAAGAAUUUGGUAUUUAAAAUUAAAAAUACACCUCGGGAAUGAAGUGUAAUAUAAUUUGAAGCUAACGUACAAUAGCCUUAUAAGGAAGAGCAUUAUAACUGAUAGUCUUGUGAGUGGAGUGUAUGUUAAGUUUUCAUAUGUAGAUAUUAUGUAUCUAAUAGGUUUCUACUGUAGUGAUCUGCUUCCUUUGUAAUUUGUAGUCCUAAAGACUUUUUUAAAAAAUAAAGGCCAUCCUUAAACUUAGGUUUAAUCCAUUUUUGUUAAAUUGGAACUUAAAAAACGUUGAUACCUAAAUGACCGGCAUUGUAUAACACAUCGAAAAUGUCCUUGCCGUUUAUAACUAAUGUAAAUGCUGCUUUUCAUCUGAGUAUGUCCCAAACUACAGGUACCAUCCCACCAGAGGACUGUGAUCUAGAUCAAGCUAGAUUGAUGUACCUCCACAUUGAAGUCGCAUGUUACUACAAUACAAUCUAAAUUAAAUCAUUUAAUCACAUAUUAUGUAUAAUAGAGGGGUGAGUGUGUGAGAGUGUGUGUGAAUGGCCUUCCAGCUGUCUCUUCCCCAGUCACAAAAGUCCUUUCCUAAGUAGUGGCACAGGGAAGGGGGGUUCAUUAAAGUUCUAGUAUAUGGACCAGUCCAAAAGUAGUAAAAAUGAAUGUUUGAAUGGUGAUUUAACAUAGGCUUAACUCCUUUAAUACUAGGGGCUUCCCACCCUGAGGUGCCAAGAUUCCAUAUAAGUGACUUGUAAUUGUAUGGAAAACUAACAAAAGGAAUAGUAUACGAUGGGUUUGCCUAUUAUGGCAUUCAGAAAUCUAGCUGCCAGUGCCAACUCCAAUGCCCUCAAAUGAUCCCUGAUGGAAAAGGCUAAUGCAGUUGUGCUUUCCAUAACAAAUAGGUGUUAGCAGUCAAAUUCUGUUGUUGCUGGAUGUCAUUGAGUUUCUCAGCUGGUAAUAUUAAAAGAUCAGCUUCUACUCCUUGAGACUGAAAAUAUUUGAGUUAGCCGAUUUUCUUCAAGUACUGAGAGCCUGUCUCUUAUCAACAUUUUUUCCCCUCCCUACUGGUUCCCUAAAAAUUGAAAGCCAAGUUAUAAGCUAUUUUGACUAUUAUAAGCCUUUUGACUCUUAAACAAGGGUUGGGGUGAUUGGAGGACACUCACUAUCCAGCGAGUGACUGAUUCCUUACUUUUAACUAGGUUUAGGGGUUCAGUCUUCUAGUGGAAGUAACAGGCUUUUCCUCAUGAUUUUUUUAAAAGUCUUCAUGGGCCCCAGUUUCACAUUGAUUGACAUCCUUUAUUGAUAUGCUGAAAAUAGAAUUAUGGCUGUGGUUGCUUUUGGACAACAGGACAAAUUUGAAUUUGAGCAGUCUUCAACAUAAAAUAAUCUUACAUUUAUUUGGCAACUGGAUAUCUGAAUAUAGGAUGUACAUAUGUUGAUUAUUUGAUGGGUACAAGCAAUUUUUUAGCCUUUUACAUGGGGUUUGCCAUUUUUCAUUUGCCCAUUGUAAAAAAAUAGUCUGCUUCUGAACACGAUUAUAAGUAAGAGUACACGUUAUUUCAUAGCUCUAUGUCCACUUAUUACAAUUUCAAGUUAAUCUUUCCUUGUAUAUUGUGUCCAAAGGGACUACUAUCAACUGGUAUUUUAAGUGUGUUAAUUAAGGUAGUGUGAAUAUUUUGCACAAGUGAAUUUCAUGAAAUUUAUGUAAUGGAAAUCUAGGUUUACUACGUUUUGAGCACAAAUUCAUUCCUUCAUAAAGUAACAACUGCCAAGAGCUAUUGAACAAGUUUUAAGUGAUUUCAGAACCAAUUGUAAGUAUACUGUACUGAUGGUUAAGCAAUACUGAGAGGGUUUCUGGUAAACAGCUACUUUUCAAUGUUUGCCCGAUUUCCUUCCCUUUUGCCUUUUUAAUCCUUAAAACCCAGACUUGACCACCUAGCAUAACUUUGCUUUCUGACAGUAUCAUGAUCUACAUAGAGACUUACUGAGGGUGCAACUGUUAUGGAACCGUAAGGUUUAUUCAAGAUGUUCCAAGUUGAAACUAGAGGUAUGUGCUUAAAUACCAACUAACUAAAAUAACUUCUUAUUUCAUAAGGUUUUGUCUAAUACAUUGCAUUAGUGUGAUCCGAAAAGUAGGGGGAGGAAUAUUGUUUUUGCUUAGCGUUGCUCAAUUUUAAAAAAAUUAUCUGGCUUGUAGGCAUCAAAUCUCUGGGAAGUUAGCAUCCAUAUUACCUUAAGGGAUUAUUUUAUAUUAUAAUUAUACUUUGUAGCUGCAAUCCUAGCUCACUGUCUUACCACUUAUAUAAGCCACCAAUAUUAUAUGCUUUAAAUUGUCCUAUUUUCCUAGAUUAUCUGUACCAAAAUGUGUACAGAUGGUUCUUUUCAGAUGAACUCAAUCCAAGCCUGUUUUUAACACUGCUUUGGGACUGAUCUUUCCAGUUUGGGAAUCUGGCUCUAUCCCUCCGUUAGGACGUGUUAAGUCUAGGGUUGAGUGGGAAACAGUGAGCUAAAACAUUUCCCGAGGCUUUCUUCCCAAGGAUUGAAUAGACAGUUAUUAAGAGUACAGAUUCUGGGAUUACACCAUAAAUUACAUAUUUAUAUAUAGUGAAUUUGGGGCUCUGCAGGGUAAUCUUGACAAAUGACUUUGUAGAUGGUCACUAUUUACAAUCAACCAGUUGGUUUUGUAAGCAUGACAAUUUCAGAGUGUCAGAGCAAAAAACUAGCCAGGAGCCAAGCAAUGCUGGUGCUUAUAUUAAUGGCAAAAGUAGCUUGUACUAGGUUUUUGUUGUUGGGUUUUUAAUUUUGAGCUGCAGAUCCUAAAGCUCCUUUAAAAGUUAAGUUUACCUAUAGGUAAAUCUGGCAGGAAACACCAAAGCAGCCACUUUUUGACCAGGCCUACUUAGUCUUCAGAUACGUUAGAAAAAUUUUGUGCUAUUCUACCCAAUUUCUCUAGCAUUUUAAGAUUUAAAUAUCUUGUAAGACAUGGACACAGCAUUAAUGUUCCAAGUAGCAGGAAUAGAAAAGAUAGGAACAUCUGAAUGGCGAGUAGAAAAGACUGGCCAACUAGCUAGCUCUUGGCACUCUGGAACAUGUCCACAACCUGACUACAGCCAUCCAACCCAGUAACUGUACUGAUGCCUAUUACUAUGUAUAACUGUGAAACUUGCUUCUUGUCUGUACCCUUGAAAUUGAAAUAAAAUUUAUUGAGAAUCUUUGUUAAUGUAAAAAGAAAAAUGA